GGACCGCCCAGCCUAGCCGAGCCUUCUUUCGCACAACUGCGCAUGAAUCAAGGCGCGGUUCAAAAGGGGCAGAAUUCGCGAUCGGCCCUCGCGCAGACGCACUAGCGGCUUCUGGGAGCGCUUCCGCCUCCCUGUAGCCAUGGCCGCGCCCGCGCCCGCGCCGGGACUCAUCUCGGUCUUCUCCAGCCCUCAGGAGCUGGGCGCGUCCUUGGCGCAGCUGGUGGCGCAGCGGGCCGCGUGCUGCCUCGAGGGGGCCCGCGGCCGCUUCGCGCUUGGACUGUCGGGCGGCAGCCUGGUGUCCAUGCUGGCCCGAGACCUGCCAGCCGCCGUCGCCCCCUCCGGGCCCGCCGGCCUUGCGCGCUGGACUGUCGGCUUCUGCGACGAGCGCCUCGUGCCCUUCGAGCACGCCGAGAGCACGUACGGCCUGUACCGGGCUGUUGGUCUGCCCUGUUCCUGUCUGUGGAUGGGGGUUAGGCAGGACUGUGCUUGGGCAUCCUGGGCUGGAGGACACCAGGUCACUCACUCUCUUCAUCUGCCACAGACACAGGUGUUCUCAAAGCUGCCCAUCCCCGACAGCCAGGUCCUCACCAUCAACCCUGCCCUGUCGGUGGCAGAUGCUGCUGAGGACUAUGCUGAAAAACUGAGGCAGGCCUUCAAUGGAGACCCCAUACCUGUGUUUGACCUACUCAUCCUGGGUGUGGGCCCAGAUGGCCACACCUGCUCGCUCUUCCCUGGCCACCCGCUCCUGCAGGAGCGGGAGAAAAUCGUGGCCCCCAUCAUCGACUCCCCAAAGCCACCACCACAGCGGGUGACACUAACACUUCCAGUGUUGAAUGCGGCCCGGACUGUCAUCUUUGUGGCUACUGGGGAAGGCAAGGCAGCUGUGCUAAAGCGUAUCCUGGAAGACAGAGAGGAGAGUCCUCUGCCGGCUGCCAUGGUGCAACCCCACACUGGGAAACUGUGUUGGUUUCUGGACGAGGCAGCUGCCCGACUGCUCUCUGUGCCAUUUGAGAAGCAUUCCACGCUGUAGUGACCACACAGACCAGACCCACUAUGUAGACGACCUGCACAGUGGCUGGGGACCUUCCAGGGCUGGCCCCUCCCAACCUCUUUGCUCUGGGCUUUGUGGCAAAGCCCUGGGGUUGCUGGAAGCUGGUGGCUCAGCCUCCAGCCCAGCAAGUCCUUCCCAGCCUGGCUGUUGUGCUGGCCAACUGGAUAUUAAAGGGGUGUUUCUGGAA